CCAACCCCCAUUGCGCAAAUUAACCUUUAGGUAAAGUGGCCGCUCGGUUACAGGCUGAGUGAGAAAGUGCACAAACCCAGCGGAUCUCAUCGACCACCAUGGCCUCCGCACCCUCCGCCUCUGCCCUGUCCGCGGUCCUCCGGUGCAGAGGGAAUAUCUGGGCCAGGAAUCCGCCGACCAAGCGGCCUGCCUCCGCCGGGUACAGCCUCGGACUGGCCGCCGGCGCGCGGCGCGACCCUCCGGCUGAGCGCCACCGGGCCAACCAGCCCUCAGCGCGGGAGGCGUGGGAGCGGGUGGCGGUCGGAGGGAGGCUGAGUGUAACGUGUGCGUCCCCGCAGGAGGAUGGCGAAGUGUCGAGAGGGAAAGAUUUCAACGAGAUCAAUAAAUCAUAUUGUCCAGAACUGUCCCCCGGGGGCGCGCGCUCCUUUACGCCCGGAGUCCAAACCGCGCUGGUGCGUUCACUGACGCACAAACUGAAAUCGAACCUGCCUGCGACACAUACAUGUUCCAAGUUGAUCCGAAUGAUCGAAUGUGAAACAUACGCUGCACACAUCUGUAACUUUUUCCCCGGGAAGGACAGCAGCGAGUCCCCGUCUGGACUUUUGAAAGUUUCCAUAACGUCCCCGUGUUUUCUGGAGAAUCGAACAGGACAGUUGUCUCUGGCGGUGACCAAGUGUCCCUGCUCGUCUCUGACUGCUCUGCUGUCCCUCUGCAUGUGUGUGAGGCUGCUGGUGAUGAGGAGGUCUGAUGAGGCACCUCCGAGCCCCCAGGAGGAGAAAAGCCCGAGUGAAGACCUGCAGGAAAAUGGACAGAUCCUCAGUCCCACAUCUCUCACCUCCUCUGAGGACAACUGUGGACGGAGGGUCACAGAGGACACACCUGACUGAGGGGGGGGGGGGGGGGGGGGGGGGUCACACUGUGAACCUUAUUUAUUGAUUUGUACUUCACAGUACACAACAUCUGGACUUCAACCCAGCUCUCAAAGAAAACAGCUGGUUGUUUGCAGGGUAGUUCUUGUUCAUGUAGCUGCUGAAGGUUUCAUUCAGGCCUCCUGCUGGAGUUUACCCUGAAUAUACAAUAUAAAUAUUGAAGUCUGGGCAAAAACUGUCAAAGCUGUUUUCUGUACAUGUGGAAGGAUAAUAAAAAAAUA